ACCACGUGUGGAGUGCAACGGCGAUAAUUCCACAGCCGUUAUUCAUCCUUGGCCAAUAAGGGUACCCUGCCCAGAUAAAUAGAGAUGGAGCAGUGCAUCCAUUCUUAGUUGACCGCGCACCUGCCUGCACAUGCAUGGCUCCAGUAUGUUGAGAGGCAUGUGGGCAGUAACGACGGUUGCACUUCUGUUAUCACUGCAACUGCAACACGGCGAGUCGGUCCUUAGAGACUUAAGUGUGCUCGAAGCGACGCUCUCUCAGCACAGAGAUCUCAUCAGGAACCCCGAGGGCCUGCCUUACGAUGUGCCCACCAGCAAGUUGUGGGAGGAAUACGAUUUCGUGGUGAUCGGCGCCGGCACUUCAGGCAGCGUCGUCACCAACCGACUGACCGAGGUGCCGAAAUGGAAGGUUUUGCUUUUAGAGGCGGGCAGGGAAGAAAUUAAGUUCACCGACAUCCCGGUUUUCGCGGCACACUUCCAGCUGACCGACUACAACUGGGGCUACAGGACACAGCGGCAGAAGGACGCCUGUUUGGCAUUUAAAGAUGAACGGUGCGCCUGGCCCAGGGGCAAGGGCAUGGGGGGAACCAGCAUCAUUAAUUAUAUGAUUUACACGAGGGGCCAUCCCAGGGACUACGACGGCUGGGAGGAAAUGGGCAACCCUGGCUGGGGCUGGAAGGACGUGUACAAGUACUUCCUCAAGUCGGAAAAUGCGCACGACGACUUGGCAAAAUCGGAAUUUCACUCCACCGGCGGAUAUUUGGAUGUUUCGCACCUUCCAUACAGCACUAAGUUGAUUGACUCGUUCAUGGAAGGCGGCAUGGAGUCCGGUUUUCAGCCAGUCGAUUACAACUCGGGCGAGCUGCUCGGCUUCUCAAGGCUGCAGGUGACGCAGCGCAACGGUGCCCGGUGCAGCGGCAGCAAAGCUUUCAUCCGACCUGUGAGGAACAGAGCCAACCUGCACGUGGCCAAGGAGGCGCAGGCGACCAAAAUCCUGAUCGACCCCGAGACAAAGCGGGCUUGCGGCGUUGAAUUUCAGCGACGCAACGGCCGCUAUGUCGUAAAAGCGCGCAAGGAGGUGAUUUUGUCUGCCGGCGCGAUAGAUUCUCCCAAACUUCUCAUGCUAUCGGGCAUCGGUCCACGGGACCAUCUUGAGUCUUUUAACAUAACGGUUUUAAAGGACUCACCGGGGGUGGGAAAUAAUUUGCAAGAGCACGUCUCAAUGAGUGGUUUGACAUUUUUGGUCAACGACACGGUUGCCUUGAUCGAGGAUCGACUGGCACGCUUGGAACCUCUUUUGCAAUAUGUAAAUGAGGGUAGCGGUCCGUUGACCUUGGCGGGAGGCGUCGAGGGACUGGGGUACCUCCGCACGAAAGUGGCCCAGACGCCCUCAGACUAUCCCGACGUGGAACUGAUUUUUGCGUCAGGGUCGUUGAAUUCGGACGAUGGGAGGGUUGUCCGCAAAGGGCUGGGUAUGAGAGACGACGUUUACGACGCCGUCUUCAAGCCCAUCAACAGCAAAGACGCGUGGACCGUGUGGCCCAUGAUCCUGAAGCCCAACAGCAGGGGCUGGGUGCGGCUAAAGAGCAAAAAUCCGAUGGCCUGGCCAAUUAUGUACGGCAACUACUUUGACGAUCCUAACGACCUGGAGUCGGUCGUGGAAGGAAUCAAAUUUUCGAUCGAAUUAAGCAAGACGCGGGCCUUCCAAAAGUACAACAGCACCCUCCACGACAUUCCCUUACCGGGUUGCGCGCACCUCGAGUUCAACACUGACGACUACUGGCGGUGCGCCGUGCGGCAAAUGACGACAACACUUCACCACCAGUGCGGUACGGCCAAAAUGGGACCUGCGAGCGACCCUGACGCGGUGGUCGACCACGAGCUGCGGGUGCACGGAAUCAAGGGCUUGAGAGUAGUGGACGCAUCGGUCAUUCCAAGAAUUCCAGCUGCCCACACCAACGCAGUGUGUUUCAUGAUAGGGGAGAAAGCGUCUGACAUAAUCAAAAGCCAGUAUGGGAAGUGAAAUGGAUUAUUUCAAUUUAACUGAGAAUCCAUACUAUGCCGAUCAACUUAAUGAAAUGUGAUAUACUCGUCCGUGGGGUCCAUGUAUAAAAAUAACUGGACUGUAUGCAACCUGCGCGACACCCGUGUGUAUAUUGUAUGCUUUACAGGGGCCGAUGUAUGUUGUGAAUGAAUAAAUUAUUACAGAAUAUUU